AGAGGGAUUGACCUGGAGAGUAUGAGCAUAGUUCAACGUGAUGCUUUACUGGUUUUCCGAAACCUGUGCAAGAUGGGCAUGAAGGAAGAUAACAAUGAAGUUACGUUGAAGACGAGGAUUUUAUCUCUUGAGCUUCUGCAGGGUUUGUUGGAAGGAGUUGGUCAUCCAUUUACUAGAAACUUCCAUUUUAUUGAUUCGGUGAAAGCAUACCUAUCGUAUGCCUUGUUGCGGACUUCAGUUUCGCCAUCCCGUCAUAUUUCAGUAUGCAACUGGAAUUUUUGUAGUGCUUUUGUUGCGGUUUCGAGAAAGUCUCAAGGGUGAAAUAGGCAUCUUCUUUCCCUUGAUAGUUCUCCGGUCCCUGGAUGGCUCGGAUCCCAUGAACCAGAAAAUGAGUGUUCUUAGGAUGGGAACAAGGGACCUUGCACUGGAUAUGAGUUUAGAUUUUUCGGACUUUUGGUUAAAUUUAGACUUGAUGGGAUAUGCUACCUGGUUUAUAGCUAGGACAGGAGAAAAUGUCAAAAAUUGAUCCAUCCUCCUUCUUGAUACUUAUGCAAGAUGAAGAGAGCGCAGCAAGAAUUGUAACAGGCUACUCGUACAGUU